AUGGUGAAGAUCAAAGAUGAUGAUCAUCUUUGUCCCUCUUUAUUAUUCAUUAUAAACAAAGAGAAGAGUCAGGUAUCAGCUGCCAAUAAUAAUAAUAAUAAUGAAAAAGAGGAUAUAAUACAAUCAUUCAAUAAUCGAGAAUGGUUCAUACAAGGUGAUAGUGAUGACAUUGCAGAGGAUGAUAGAGUAGAGAGACUUAACAAGUAUGGUAGUAGGAUAGAACCAACUUUGGAGAAGAUCGAUUAUCCUUGGAGACCAGAUUAUCAGAAUGUUUGUUAUGCAUCUGAUCUAGUUGUAACCUUUGACAUGUCGGUGGUCGAACAACAAGAACAUAUUAGACAAACAAGAGAACGAUACAGAAUGGCUGCAGUGAAAGCUCAAAAGAUUCACAAGGAACGUGAAGAUGUUGAAAAGACAAAGAGAGCCAAUGCAAAGAGAUCAAUCAACACAACAUUGAAUACCGAAAAGAUCUUUAAAGAUGUUUUACUCAACCAAGUAUUCAAUUACAAUCCAGACAAGACUCCACCGCAGUUAUCAGAGACUGAUAAACGUCAAAUCAGUAGAUGUCUCUUUGAAUACCUCCCACCAUUUGUAGUUGCCGAACCACCCUACACAUCAUCAUCCAGUGAUCCUGAAAUCUUUCAAAGAUUGACAGCUAUGGGUCACCUCAAGCCAUUCCAAGCACGACUCAUCGGUGACACUGGUUCUAGUAGAGGUAAACUAUCAAGGGACCAAUCAAUCGUCACUCAAAUCACUGGUACCAAAUUUAAUAUUCAUCAAUUAAUGCAACGUGAUCGAACUGGUAGAGUAUUUAGAUUUCUUCGUGAAAUAUUAAAGCAAGAAUCACCAUUAGAUAUAAUAACAAGUUAUAAAGAUAAUUCAAUUGGAUUUGGAGUGACUGCAUUUAAUGCAAUUCUUGGUCGAGUUGAUCAAGAUGGUAACCUUUUGGCGUUGAAACUUCAAAUUGCAGAUUCUGCAUGCCACCUUGGUAUCACUAAGAUUUAUUCAAAUAAUUCACAAAGUUUCGAGUUGUUGGCAUACGAUUCAAUGGAGGAAUGUGAGGAUGCAUUCAUGCAGCAAUUUAAACAAUACACCAACCGUGACUAUGUUUUUCCAAGGGUGGUUGAUGGUCCCAUGGAACCAUUUGCACCAAUAUCAUCAGAGUAUUAUGGUUCAUUAAACCACUUCCAAUCAAUUAAAUACAAGUUACCAAAAUUUAAAGAAAUAUGUUUCUCUGUUUUAAAAGAAAAAUAUUUAUUAUCAAAAGAAGAAACGAUUAAUAAUAUAAUUAAUUUACCUUUGGAUAUUUUAAUUGAAUUUAUUAAAUAUUGUUUAAAUGAUAGUAAUAGACCAAUAUCAUUUGAAAUAUUCAAAGAUAUUAAAAAGAAAUUAGAGUUGUCUAAAAGUCUAGAGGAAAUUGAAAAAUUAAUACCAUUGGAUUAUUGGAUUAAAUCAAUAUUAGAUAGAGAUAGAUUUAUGAGAUUAUCAUAUCUUUAUGAUAUUCCUCAAUCUCCAUUUCAUCCAAAUUAUUCAGAAGAUUUAUUAGUUAAUGUUUUUGAUUCAAUUGAUCAAUUUAAAUUAAAACAAUUACCAAUUGAUAGAAUUUUAAUUCAAAAUAAUAAUAAUAAUAGUCAUAAUUCAUCAUCUUCUUCAUCCUCUUCUUCAUCUUCUUCAUCAAUAGUUGAUAAAGAAACAUUUAUUUCAAAUUUUAAUAAGAAUACAAAUAAUAUAUUUAAAAAGGAAGGAAUGAAUUGGAAUAAUAUGAUUGUUAUUGGAGGAAUAGUUACAUCAUCGUUGACUGGAUUGGAGGCUGGAUUUGAAAAUUCAACUAUUAAUAUUGUGUUUUAUGGUCUUGGAGAAUAUGACAUGCAAGAGAGAAUCAAAGAAACCUAUCAAUUCAUUGGUGACGGUCAAUUUGGUAAAUAUAGUGUCACUGGAACCAAUUCAUGGAUUACAUUCUCGAGACACUAUCCAUACAGACACGUUCAAGUUUCAAAUCACAAAUUCAACACCUUGGAACAGGUUUUGCUUGGUGUUAGUGUCGAUGCAGAAUCCUUUGCAUUUGACGGAAAGAAUGUAUGGACAUUGCAAAGAGGCAUUGAAGCAAUUAAUUAUCGUUGUAAUUUUGCAUCGCAGUUUGGUCAUUAUAUUAGUGGAGAGCGCGUUUACCAAAAACUUUUACUCGAGUAUUUGGGUCGUGGAUUCUCAAUUGCUCACUUUACCAAUGACCCAUUCAUCAUUGAACAAUUUGGACAAUCAAACACCCAACGACCAACCAAUCCUUCCUCUUAUACACCUCAUCCACAUCAAAAUGGUGUUGGUUUGUUGUACAGUAUUAGAGAUGAACCAGAGUUACUCAAUCUUGUAUUGGAAGAGAGCGAGUCGUUGCUUCCCUUUGGAAAAGAGUGGAGCAAGACCAAAUUUGACAAGUUUAUCAAAAAGAGAAAUGAUCAUCCCAUUUUAUUCACUAGCAGCCAUCCAAGUGGUGAAGAUCAAGAAGAAGUUCAAUCAGAUGGUUCAUCAGACGAGGAGGAAGAGGAAAGUGAAAAUGAAGAUGGCGAAAAGAUUGGUUCUCUUGAGGAAUUUUUCGAACAAUACCCUGUCGAGGAUGAAUAUGAUGGAUUUUACUCUCCAUUCCAUAAAAUUGCACAUCAAAUGCCUUGGAACUAUCUUUAUUCAAAGAAUAAUUCGGAUUUGGAAUUAUCUCCUUGGGAUAGAGAUAAUGAUUUCUAA